UGGACGUUCCAUCUUCUUCGUCACCAGAAGCUUUCAACUCUCACCAUUUCUAGGGUUUUAUUUCUCUGAAGCAGAGACCAAGCUACCGCCAUGGUUCUCAAGACUGAACUAUGCCGCUUCAGUGGAGCUAAGAUCUACCCAGGUAGGGGCAUCCGAUUUGUUCGUGCUGAUUCUCAGGUGUUCCUGUUUGCAAACUCAAAGAACAAGAGGUACUUCCACAACAGACUGAAGCCAGCUAAACUUGCUUGGACAGCCAUGUACAGAAAGCAACACAAGAAGGACAUUUCUCAAGAAACUAUUAAGAAGAGGCGUCGCACCACGAAAAAGCCUUACUCUCGAUCCAUCGUGGGUGCUACUUUGGAGGUCAUACAGAAGAGAAGAAGUGAAAAACCUGAAGUUCGAGAUGCUGCAAGAGAGGCUGCUCUUCGUGAAAUUAAGGAGAGGAUCAAGAAAACCAAGGAUGAAAAGAGGGCGAAGAAGGCCGAAGUAAUGGCCAGGUCAACAAAGAAUCAAAGCAAGGGUAACUUGCCAAAGGGUGGUGCUGCAAAUAAGGGCCCCAAGGGCGCUGGAGGAGCUAAGGGCAAGCGAUAAACAAACUUACUCGAAGAUCUCAGAGAUUAGAUCAUGUUUUCUCAAAUUAAGUAGUACCAGGUUUUGCAAUUCUUUAUUCGUAAUUAAUUCCAUGAAAUGUCGAUCAUUUGUGGUCUAGUAUUGUCUGCAUAAAUAAUGGAGGGACAUAUUUUCUUGUCUGGAUAUCUAGUACUGAUCUUCUUUCACCUUUACUUUUA